GUUGAUUCACGCUAAAAGGGCGAGAAACAUAAGAACAGUCUUACUAGAUCCAAAAGAUACGACAGUAGAAUCUGCGCAGUUCCGGUUCUGGGUGAAAAAGAUGUUUAAACUUCAGGUAGUUGGUACAGGGACUCCAGAUUGCACGAAGAUGAUCUGCCAUGAAGGGAAGCCCGUGGCUAUUCGGGAGAAACUGUUCAAGAUUCUCACUAGAGCACACCAACAAUGCCAGCACGGUGGCAGAGACAAAACAUCUGCGCAGGUCCGACAGAUCUACUCAUGGGUUCCGAAAGAACUCAUUUCACGUUUUGUCAAGAUAUGCCCGACUUGUCAAGUUCGCCGGGGAGGUUCGCGCCUCACUCCCCCUAAUUCGAGAAGAAGCUCACCCCGUCUCGAGAUAGUAUCUCGUUCGCCGAAACUUCCGUCCCCACCCAUGUCAAGGUGUGAAUCUAACUUGAACGUCCAAUUGCCGUUGGACAGGUCGCAAGCAAAUUAUUUGAGCCAGCUAAGCGGCCACAAUAGCUGGCUGGAGAGUCAAAAGGGUAUAAACCCACGUCCGAACAUGAGCCCUCGACACACCUUCACAAAGGUGGCACGGCCUCUGCCCAGUUCUAUUUCCACAGGGUUGGACGCACUCCACGGAGACGUACCGGAUCCAUCGUCGCAGAUCAAUUACAAUCCCGGGUUCACUCCUGCACAUGGCUCAUCUAGCCAUCGGGACUUCCAGAGCCCUCCAUGUUAAUGAAGCAUCCAUCUUGGCAAACCAUCAGAUAGGUUCGGAAUGGCUCCGGCAAUUUGGCAUUUUACUUUCUUUUCCCUUGCUUUCCUUAAC